UUAACAUUUAUUUUAUUACUUUUAGGUAUAUCAGAAGUGUGGCAAUGGACACGAGUUGGUACAAAUGACACAUUAGGCACCAUUGGUAACAUCAGCGUAACGUUAGAAAGUUUAUUUUUUUUGCGGGGCUUUUUGCCAGAUGAGGUAAUUGAUGCCUUUUUGCAUCAAUUGACUUCAGAAUCAGAGAAAACAAUAUAUAUUAACAGUACUAUAAUGACAGCAAUUGCAUCUAGGCAAGCAGAUAUACAUGGCUGUUUACAGGAGGUCAACUUCGAGGACUAUGAUUGCAUUAUUGGAGCAGUUAAUGAAGGACAAAAUCACUGGACAUUAUUGGUUAUUUUUCCACAAGAAAAAAUGAUAUGUUACUAUAAUCCAAUGGGUGAAAUGUUCCUGUCUAUGCAUGAAUUGAUGGAGAACUGGUAUUACUUUAUGAAGAAAAGGUCAGAUUUUAUGCUUGAUGGGGAAGGAUCAUGGAGAGUACAAGUCCUAGAGCACUCAAAGCAAAUGGAUGGCACAUCAUGUGGUGUUUAUGUAUUGAAGAUGGCAGACACAGUCCUUUCAAAUGGUGAUGUAGGAUUUCAAAUGACACCAGAAGAACUACUAAUGUACCGCCUACAUAUUGGUGCUGUGAUAAUGAGAAAUCUAGGUCUGACAAGACUGCACCAGGCACUACAAUCAAGAAGAACUGUCAGACUGAACAAUUCAUGUGUGAAUGAUUCAACAAACAUUUCUUCUAUUGUCAAACCAGCAUUAGUCAGUAAAGAAGAAAAUGUCAGUCCUUCAGUUACUGGUGAUAGGUAUAAUGAAACAGUAAUUGAUGAUGGAGCUAACGAAGAAACUGAAUUGUUUUUAUGUAGAGCUAAUGGCAAACCUAAAAGACCUUGUUUGUUUUGUGGAAAAUUUCAAACUCAUCUGACCAGACAUCUAAAAACAAAACAUAAAGGAGAAGAGGAUGUUAUCAUGGCAAUGCAACUCCCACCAAGGGAUAGGAACCAGGCAUUUGAUGUGUUAAAGAGAAAAGGCUACCAUAAUUAUAAUUUAUUAAAAAUGAAAGAGGAUGAUUUUAACGAAAAAAAAUUGAUUAAAGAACGAAAAGCAAGAAAAGACAGAGAUGGUGAGAUAGAGAAAAGAGCAAUGUGCUCUUCUUGCAAUGGUUUUUUUGUAAAAGAACAUAUGAAGAAUCACAAAAUAAAAUGUUUUGCAGCAGAAGGAUGCACUAGGGUUCCUGUUGCUAUACCCAUAGAAACUGUUAAGGAUGUCAAAUACUCAGAAGAAUAUAAGGAAGAUAUUUUGAGUUCCUUUUGGGAUGACCAGAGUGGAAGAUUCUGUAGAAGUGAUCCAUAUAUAAAAGAUUUUGGAUUUCAUUAUUAUAGGAAGAUGGUAUCCAGAAAAGACAAAUCCCAGCAAAAUAGGAAAAGUAUUACGAAGCAGAUGAGAACAAUUGCCAAUUUAUAUUUCUAUGUUAAAGAGGAGGCUGAAAAAUCAGAUAUAACUGUAACAUCUGCAUUAGAUAUUUUUAAAAUGGAGAACUUUCCUGUUUUUAUGGAUGGAAUUAAUUCAAUGGCAGCAAAAGAUGACGGAGGGAUGAAGUCAGGACUGAAAAAGAAUGUUGGUCAUCUUAUACAAAAUGUCCUUACCCACUUAAAAGGAAAAUAUAUUUUAGAAAACAAGAAAGAUGAAAUGAGUAAAGUUGACGAUUUCAAUACAUUAUUAGACUACUAUAAAGGAGAAAUAUUUAGUGAUGCUGAGUAUAAUUGCAAAAAAAAUAGGCAAGAAAACUUGAGACGACCUAGACAGCUACCAGUAGAGGAUGACAUUAAUAAGCUUAGGCAGUUUAUCUUAACACAAAUAAAAGAGUUGGAUGACCCUUAUAAGUUUUUAGAACCAAAUGAAUAUACCUUUCUCAGAGAUCUUAUAGUUAGUAGACUAACAUUAUUCCAUGCAAAAAGAGGAGGGGAACCAAGCAGACUCACUUUAAAAGAAUGGAUGGAUGCAAAGGAUGAUGCAUGGGUAGAUGAAAGCCAAAUGAAAAAGGUGAAAAACCCAGAGGAAUUAGAACUUUUUCAGAAAUAUAAAUUGACAUAUCAAUCUGGUAAAUGUGUUAGUCACCUUCUCCCAAUUCUCAUCCCUGAAGACACAUGGAAGGCCAUGACAAAACUAACAGAUCAGCAAAUUAGACAAGCAGCAGGUGUUAAACAAACUAAUAUAUACGUAUUUCCUAAUAUUAAAGAUUCAAACUUUCAUGUAUGCGGCUGGAAAAGUGUAAACAAAAUUUGUAAGAAGGCAGAAUUAUCAAAAAGGAUUAAUGCUACUCAGAUGAGGCAUUACAUGUCAACAUUAUUUGCCAAUUUGGAGGUAACAGAUGCUACAAGAGAAGCCUUCUACAGACAUAUGGGACAUUCUGAAGAAGUUAACAAACACGUUUAUCAAUGUCCAUUGGCAAUACAAGAAAUAAGUAAAGUGGGGAAGUUCUUUCACCAAUUUGAUUUAGAUUCAGGUAAUAUAACAGCAGAAGAGGAACCCAACAGUCAAGAGGAUGUCGCAGGACCAUCAUCACUGAAUGACAACAAGUGUGCAAAAAGUGAAGUAGAUGAAGGUAGCAGUGAAUUGACAAAAAGUACUGAAAAGAAAGGACAAAAGAAAUUCGUGGUAUACAGUUCUUCAGAGAAUGAUUCUAGUAUAGAAAGUGACUCAGAGAAUGAUUCUAGUCCAGAAAGUGACUCAGAGAAUGAUUCUAGUCCAGAAAGUGACUAUAGUACAGAUUAUGGUGAAGGCAGCAGUUCACACAAGAGAGGGUUAAAAAGAAAAAGUAAAGAUGACCAAAUUGAAGAACAAAUCAGAAGUAAAAAGAAAGGAAGGAGAUAUGUUAAUUGGAAUAAGGAGGAUGAAAAGGUUGUAAGAACAUACUUCAAGGAUUAUGUCGAAGACGUGUCUAAAGAAAAGUCCAAAGGAUCACUACCUGGUUUUAAGGCCAUUGAAGUAUUUAUGAAAAAAUAUCCAAAAGUAAUGGCCAAUGAAACAGACCCUGUUAUUAGAAGAGAUCUUAUAAAAUACAAAGUCUUCAAUGAAAGAAAUAAGACCAGGAAAAAUUAUCAGCAGAGGAAGAAUAAAUAUUCUAUGUAAGGUAGUGCAGCAGGUCUUCAUUACAUGACUGGUGCAAAACAUGAUGCAGUUUAUG